AUGGCGGGUUCGAGUGAUGAGCAACAGCAGUAUGAGCUGGAGGAACUCUCCAACCUUCAGCGGGUUGCUACUGACCUCAAGCGUCAAACGAUUAUCCCCAAUGAUCCGCGCCUGGAUCCCGAAUCCAAAGAUUUCGAUCACUACCGCUGGGCUCAAGCGGUGCUUUCUACGUUCAACCAAGAAGACAUCACGCCCCUGGGCCAGGCUGUUGCAUUCUCCGGGCUGGGCGUAAAUGGCUCUGAUGCCAAGGUGCAAGUGCAGCACACUGUCAUCAGCAGCCUGCUCUCACCAAUCCAUCACAUCACCAGUCUUGUGAGCUCCAACCAUCACGCCACAGCCAAGACCAUUCUCUCUGGAUUCGACGGACUGUUAAAGGGUGGCGAACUCCUACUCGUGUUAGGUCGUCCAGGAAGUGGAUGCACUACAUUCCUCAAGGUCAUCACAGGACUCCUAAACGGCUUGAAUUUGGACCCUCAAAGCAAUAUUCACUAUAUGGGUCUCAGCUACGAGCAGAUGAUCACUCAGUACCGCGGUGAAGUGGCUUACAACCAAGAAUUGGAUGAGCAUUUCCCCCAUCUUACUGUCGCUGAGACCCUUCACUUUGCGGCCGCGGCUCGAACACCAGAGCAACGUCCAGCAGGCAUGACCCGAUCUCAAUAUAUUGACACCGUCACAAAAGUCAGUAUGGCCAUCUUCGGUCUUACCCACGCUCGCGACACAAAGAUCGGAGACAAUUUUGUCCGUGGAGUCAGUGGUGGUGAGCGAAAACGCGUCAGCAUCGCAGAAAUGUUCCUGUCCAGGGCUCGCUUCGGCGCGUGGGACAACAGCACCCGUGGACUUGACGCCUCAUCCGCCAUCCAGUUCAUCAGGUCUUUACGAAACUCAGCAGACGUUGGGAGAGCAUGUCAUGCAGUAGCAGCUUAUCAAGCCUCCCAGCCCAUGUAUGAUCUUUUCGACAAAGUGAUCGUUCUAUAUUCUGGCCACCAAAUUUUUUUUGGUCCGACAAUGCGUGCCGUCCAAUAUUUCGAGGAAAUGGGAUGGUAUAAAGACCCCCAGCAGGUGGCUCCAGAUUUCUUGACCGCCAUCACAAACUCAACAGAACGCCGCCCUCGGACCGGUAUGGAACACAAAGUACCGCGCACCCCGGAGGAGUUUGCCCGGUAUUGGCAGAGGUCCCAGGACUAUCAGGAGCUCAACGGUCAAAUUCAAACAUUUCGAGAUGAGCAUCCCUUUGAUGCUAAGGAUGCCGAGACAAUAUUCGACGUUCACCAGAAGCAACAAGCCAAUCACACAAGACAAGGUAGCCCCUAUCUUUUGUCGAUACCCAUGCAGAUCCGACUCUGGCUUUGGAGAGCAUUUAGACGUAUGCGGAACGAUGUACAGGCCGUCAGAUCUGUAGUGGGCUCCCAAGUGUCGCUUUCCCUUAUUAUUGGGUCCAUGUUCUUCAAAUCCCCGAACAACAGCAGUGCUUUCUUUCAAAAGGGAGCAGUGCUCUUUUUCUCAAUUCUCAUGAACGCCAUCAUCACAAUCAACGAAAUCUUACAGUUGUACAGUCAGCGACCUAUCGUUGAGAAGCAAGCGCGGUAUGCUUUUGUUCACCCAUUUACCGAGGCCAUGGCAAGUGUGCUUGUCGACGCCCCUCGUUGUUCUCUACUUUAUGGCCAAUCUCCACCGGGAACCCGGGCCUUUUUUAUCACUGCCGUCUUCACCAUGUCGGCCAUUUUCCGAAGUCUGGCUUCGUUCACCAAAUCUGUGGGUCAAGCGAUGGGCCUAGCAGGAAUCAUGGUGCUUCUCAUUGUUGUCUACACCGGUUUCACCAUCCCUGUUACAUACAUGAGACCUUGGUUCUCGUGGAUCAGAUGGAUCAAUCACAUAUUCUACGCCUUUGAAUCACUUGUUUCCAACGAAUUUCAUGACCGACAAUUUGGCUGUGCCGCGUAUAUUCCGCCAUAUGGGAGCGGAGACUCGGCAAUCUGCUCUUCCGUCGGUGCAUUGCCUGGCCAGCAGUUCAUCCAGGGAGACGAAUACAUUGCCAAGAAUUACAAUUACCACCACUCUCACUUGUGGCGAAACUAUGCUAUCUUGCUGUCUUUCAUGAUUGUUUUCCACGGUUCAUACUUCAUGGCAACGGAGUUUAUCCGCUUUGGAGGAUCAAAAGCCGAGACAUUGCUGUACCGACCAGGGCAUGAGCGCAAAGAAACCGCAUUAAGUGACGUGGAAAACCAGCGGAAAGACCUCGGCUUACGCACAGAAUUGGUCACUGACGAGGUUUACGUUCCUUACUUGCCCAAGCAACAAGACAUCCUCAUGUGGAGAGGGGUUAACUACGAUAUACCUAUAAAGGACGGCACAAGGCGGUUGUUGGACGAUGUCAAUGGCUGGGUGAAGCCAGGGACAUUAACAGCUCUUAUGGGCGUAUCUGGAGCUGGAAAGACUACUCUUUUGGACGUUCUCGCGAAGAGGGUGUCCAUUGGCGUGGUAAAUGGCGAUAUUCUGGUCAAUGGAAAUGCCCUUGGGUCCAGUUUUCCUAGAAGGACCGGAUACGUCCAGCAACAGGAUUUGCACCUCGAGACUACAACAGUGCGGGAAGCUCUUCAGUUUAGCGCAAUUUUACGACAACCUGGCUCCGUAUCAAAAUUGGAAAAACUCGAGUAUGUCGAAGAAGUCAUUCGGAUGCUUAGCAUGGAAGAGUUCGCUGAGACGGUUGUCGGCAACCUGGGACAAGGCUUGAACGUUGAGCAACGUAAACUCCUGAGCAUAGGCGUAGAGCUAGCGGCGAAACCUACACUUCUCGUUUUCCUCGACGAACCAACGAGCGGUCUCGACUCCCAAAGCUCUUGGACCAUCUGCAGCUUGCUUCGGAAACUAGCGGACAACGGCCAGGCGAUACUUGCAACUAUCCACCAGCCCAGUGCUUUACUCUUUCAGACCUUUGACCGCCUACUUUUCUUAGCCAAAGGAGGCCGGACGGUGUAUUUUGGGGAUAUCGGAUCUCAGUCACGCAUCUUGCUCGAUUACUUUUUCCGGAAUGGUGCAAAAGAGUGUGACGUCUCCGAGAACACUGCUGAAUACAUUCUGCGAGUUGUCUCUGAUGAAAAGAGCAACAUAGACUGGCCGACUAAAUGGAAACAAAGCACCGAAUUUCAAGAAGUUCUCGCAGAGUUGGAGCAGCUCGAGAGUCUCAAAAACGGGGAAGGAAAUAAAGCCACACCGGAAACUCUCGAGAGUCACUUCGCCAUGGCCUUUCUGAGCCAGCUCCGGUACGUUACUCAACGGGUUUUUCAACAGUACUUUCGGCAGCCGGAAUACAUUUAUGCUAAAUUCGGUCUUGGAAUAGCUUCUGGUCUCUUCAUCGGUUUCUCCUUCUGGAAGGUUGAUUCUUCACAGCAGGGUUUUCAGAACGCAUUGUUCAGUAUCUUUUUGCUUUGCAGUAUUUUCUCCGUACUCGUCAACCAGGUCAUGCCCAAAUUCGUUCAACAAAGAUCUCUCUACGAAGUGCGGGAAAGGCCAUCACGCAUUUACUCGUGGCAGGUGUUCAUCUUGUCGCAGGUGGUUGUUGAAAUCCCAUGGCAGGCAGUUGUUGGCCUUUGUGCUUGGGCGUCCGCCUUCUUUCCUGUCUUCGGCGGUGGAAUAUCUUCAGAAAACACUGGGAUCGUGCUGCUCUUUAUUGUGCAGUUUUACGUUUACGCUUCAAGUUUAGCGCAAAUGGUCAUUGCGGCUAUUGAAUCCCCUGUCGUGGGGGCUAUGUUUGCCACUCUUAUGUUUGGCCUCUCAUUUUUGUUCAACGGUGUUAUGCAACCGCCAGACGCGCUACCUCGAUUUUGGAUCUUUAUGUAUCACCUGUCGCCCUUUACUUACUACGUCGCCGGAAUCUCCGCAGCGGCUCUUGCGAACGAAAGAUUAUCUGCUCCGCAGCCGAGCUGA